AUAAAAAAUAGAAAUUAUAAGUGCAAUAUUCUUUAAAUAUACUUCUAUUUAAUAAUGGAAUUUUAUGCUAAGAAUAAAGCAACAUGGAGAGGUGUAAGGAAUGUAAAAUAUUAACAUUUUUUAAGAGGAUUGUUAUAGUAUUCUGGAGGGUUAUGAGGAUAAUUCUGAGAAUUAAAUAAAAAAUAUUAUGAGCAAAGAUGUUUAAAUUGGAUUUUGA